AUGCAGUCAGAGUGUAGGAAGUAUGAAGAAGAGACACCUUCUCUGCACUGGGGAAUGGAUCCUGUAUUUUUUGCAUUUGCAAAACUCUAUAUUAAAGAUAUAAUAGAAAUGAGAGAAUCUAAACAAGUGCCAGGUAUAUUCUUUUAUAACGGACAUCCAAUAAGACAGGUGGAUGUUGUUGGGAUGGUGGUUCAAAGAAAAGAGCGAGAUGCCUUCUAUAGUUACGGAGUGGAUGAUAGCACUGGAGUUAUAAAUUGUGUCUGCUGGAAAAAUCCCAUGGUGGCAGAAACAUCUUUAUCAGAUCGUCCAAGCACACCCAGCAGUCUUACUGUACUUGAACAGAUGAAGAAGCUCCGAGAAAUGGUGAGCCAGAAAACCAAGCUGGAGAUCGGGGAUGUUGUCAGGGUCAGAGGUCACAUCCGAACCUACAGGCAACAAAGAGAAAUUCAGGCUUCAUGUUUUUAUAAAGUGGAUGAUCCUGUGUGUGAUGUUCAGAUUUCAAGAAUGCUGGAACUUCCCUGUCUCUAUAGAGAAGUUUAUGAUAAACCUUUCCAAGGUCCUGAGGAGGGACAGAGGUAAAUGCAGUAUCCAGACUGCUGUGAUCUAACUUUCUCAAUCAAUGUGCUGCAUGAGAAAGUGAAAGGCUUCCUACUAGAAAACAAAAUUCAGACCUUUUACCAACAGGAGUUGGAAACAAUCGAUACGUUGGUGUCACUCAUUUCUCACCAUCUGCUUCAUUCCUUUCUUCCCAUCCAGGUGAAGUCAAAAAGUAACUGCAGUUCCAAAAGGAUUCACAGUGUUUUUAAGGAAGCAAUAAGGAUGCUGCAAGAAAAAGGGUUGGUUUUCCAGAAACCUGGUAGCUCCAAGGACUUAUACCAUGUGACUGACCAUGAUAAGGAGCUGCUUAAAUUGACCCUUGAUGUGAUUAAAGAAGACUGUCGAAAACCCAGGCAUGCUGAAAAAGGCUGCCAUUUCCUUCAUGUCUUGAAUUGUGUUCGUCAGAGCUACAACCCCUCUCUGGCUGAAAUGGUGAUGCACCGUGUCUUGGAACUGCUGGAGAGAAACAGUGAUGUUGUCAGCACUAUGGAAGGAUAUUAUAUGGCAUUUUAA